CAACUCAUCUGCUUGAGGAGGUUCUGUUGUAAUGUAUCCAGUGGCUGUUCCUGCACCAGGUGAAAGAAAUAAUGGACAACAUGGGAAACUUAUUUUUUUCCUUUUUGUUUUUGGAGCUGUGUUACUCUGCGCUGGAUUCCAAGUCUUUGUUCUCCAGUCAUGCCCAUCUGGAACCUUCAGUGACUGUAACGGGGUCCUUAAGGCUGCUGGGCCCGUGCUGGCUGUAGCUGGCCUGGUUUGUGUUUUACUGGCACGAUCAAGGGCCAGGCUGUAUAUAAGACAAAGACAAUUGCAAAAUGAGCAGGUGUACAGCCUUGUUUUUUGUCACAGGAGCUGUCAAUUUGCCCAGUUUCUCAUAUUUGGAUUCCUGUUUUUAACUAGUGGAAUGCUAGUUAGCAUCCUGGGCAUUUGGGUUCCUGGCUGCAGCCCCAGCUGGCACGGCAUACAGCUCAACCACACCGUCAGUUCUGAUGUGGACCUCCAGGGCUGCGGAUUCCUGUCACUUCAAAUCAUGGGACCUUUGAUUGUGCUCACUGGGUUGUGUUUCUUCGUGAUAGCUCAUGUUAAAAAGAAACAAAACUUUAAUCUCAACCAAGAAUCUUGCGAAAGUGAAGAACAUCCUCAGAGCCCUGAAACUUUUCAGGUUACAGUAGGUGAUGCUGUAAUGGUAUUCCCACCUCCGCCGCCUCCUUAUUUUGCUGAUCCUCUUUCACCAACUGUGACAGGUUGUCUUAUGUCAAGUGGUUUGCCUCCAAGUGAAAAUCCUCCACCAUACCACUCUAUCUUCAGCCAUGGAGCACAGCUUGCAGAUGUUGAAAGAACAGUUGCUGUUAGAGACUAUGAAACCAUAUAUACAAUUUCUGGAACCAGCUCACCUUCAGACAUUUCACCAAUGCUAUACGACUCCUCUGAAUCACCUCCAAAAUACGAAGAAAAAGCAUCAAUAACAAAUAAUCAAUAUUCUCCAUCUUCUUCUUUGUCAUCUUCUUCCAUUUCCUUAGCCACAUCUGACACCAGCUCAUAGAGGACUGUCAGUU